AUGACCUCGCGCUCGCCUGCCUCGCGCGCCUGUCCAUCUGGGACCUGCCCGCCGCUCGCUGCGUGUCGCGCGCCUGGGCGGCUGCCAUUCGCCGCUGGUCGUUCGGUCUCCUGCGACGACGUGUCCGCGCGGAAACAGUGGGAUGGAGAGGUGCGGGGCGCGGGGAGAGGCUGCGCCAUCGUUGGGGGGAAGGGAGGGAGACGGGGUCAUUCUCUGCCCAGUGAUAUCUUGAGUGACUCGGAGAAACGUCUACCGCCGAUGCACUAUGGACCUCGUCUCCCAGCCCAGGCGGGUCGGAAGCAGUGUGUGAACGGGUUCCACUGUGACAGCCCGGGUGCAGUGUUGGUGGUGUGCGUGGGUGGCAGCAACGGUAGCGACGCUUGCCACCGACUGCAGUGGUUUUCUUGCUGCAUCUGCGAAGCCUGCGACCCCUGCCAGCCGUGCGACAGCGACCUCUGUGGCUGCUGCGGGCCCAAGGCAUCCCCCUUCAGGUGGCGCCGCCUCCCCCCGCUUCCCCCCACCAACCCCCACGCCCACCCAGCCUGCUACGGCGCUGCUGCAGCUGUGAUCCCCGGAACCGGGUUUGCCAUCGUGGGCGGCGCCGUGCCUUCCCAGUCCGGCAGGCCGCAGCAUGUCCGCCACGUGUCAGUGUUUGACUGGCACAUGGGCGCUUGGUUCGCUGUGCAGCAGCCGUGCGUGCUUCCUAGAUUGGACCCUGUGGUGGCUGCAAUGGGUGGGGUGCGGUGGAAUGGGGGGCAGAGGGAUUGCCUCAUGGUUGUCGGAGGCUGUCCUGUGCCAUUGUUUCCUCACUGGAGCUCUGGUGGUUCAUGUGGUAGAUUUGCUGUUCGCCCCUCUGACACGGGUGUAGUCAAGCAACAUCCUGUUUUUUCACCUCCUGGAGCCUCUCCCAGCUUGCCACGUGGCAGUGCUUCUCCCAGCAGUCACUCGCGCCACCCGUCGCCCUACUUUGCUAUCAACCCGGGGGGCUUCAACUUCCACACACACUGGCCAGCUCCACCUGCUCACAUGGCCCAUGGCCCUGGUAACCGGGUUAUAGGGCCUGGCGGUACUGGUGAUGGUGGUGGCAGUGGCAGUGGCAGUGGGUUCAACCGCAGCAUGCUAUCAGAUGCAGGUGUGUUGGAGGCUGACUGGGAGAGCCCUGAGAUGUGGAGGGUGGUAGAGGAGUGUGACGCCAUCCAUGCCAUCUGGACCAGAACCCACGUGGCACAAGUGAUUGUAGCGGAUGUGACUGGAGAAGAUGCCGUGACUGUAACGGAUAUGAAUGCAGCAGAUAAUGUGACUGUAGCUGGCGUGACUGAGUCGGAUGUGACUGCAGAGCCAGCAGCAGAAGAAGACUCAACGAGAGCAGGCACCAGCACACCGUGGCAAGCGUCAGGCAUUGGAAAGCUUGAGCAACAACCACCAGGCUCCCACAGCAGCAGAGCAGCGCCGCACGCCGCACCCGCCACCUACUCCGUGCUCUGCUCUCUCAACCCCAACCACUCUCUCCUUGUCUUCAACCACCUUCAGAGGAAAUGGGUCCCUGCUGGCCCUCCGAUUCCCCCUCCGUCCCCACCUCGUCCUCCUCGUCCUCGUCAUUCCCCUGGGGUCCUCUACCCAUCUGGUAUUGCCUGGUGCGGCAGUGGCAGUGGCAGUGGCUCAGAGGAGGGACAUUCUUCCGCUCCAUCCUGCCCACCCACUCCACGCUGUGCGCCCAUGCCACUCAGCCCGCCCUGCACACCCACUGCACCGUUCAGCGCGCGUUCUGCUGCACUCAACUCACGCCUUCCAAGCUGUGCCAGCAACGGUGCGGCCUCCAGGCUUGUUGUUGGUUCCAAUUCUGCUGCUGCCAAUGCUGCCAAUUCUGCCGAUGGUGCCAAUUCAGGAAGGCUGUGGCAGCUUGUGGGAUGCGGCGGCCGGCUCUUGGCUCUCUUCCAGCCACACGACCCGCGCCUCCCAGGACCAUGCACCAUUGUCAGCCCACCAGCAGCACAGGCACAGGCUUCAGGGAGUGUGCCUGUAGCAGCAGGUAGAGAAUCAAUGCAGCUGAUGAAUAGUGAUAGUAUGGAGGGGCGAAGUGGCUGGGCAAUGGGUGCUCCAGUGGCCUUGCCUGGCAACGGAAGGUUGCAUCAUGUGCUCUCCAUGCACGCUGCCGUUUACGAACAUUGA